AUGAUUCAAGUACAACAUUAUAACUUGAAACUACUUAACUUCCAAAAAGAGUUUAAAUAUUAUUAAAAUAAGCAGUAUUUUAAACCAAAUUUUUAUAUUAUCUUAACAAUAAGAUUUGAAUAAUAGUAUUAAAUUAUUUGA